UUUUUUUUUGUUUUUCUUUUCAUUCUUAUUUUCUUGGCUGAAAAAGGUUUUCGACAAAGGCUGCGUGAAUGUACAAUAUGAUGGAAACCGAGCUCAAGCCUCCUGCCCCCCAGCAGAAUUCGGGGGGCACGGGGAACUCCAAUUCUGCUUCCAACAACCAGAAGAACAGCCCGGACCGAGUCAAGAGACCCAUGAACGCCUUCAUGGUAUGGUCCAGGGGGCAGAGGAGGAAGAUGGCCCAGGAGAACCCCAAAAUGCACAACUCGGAGAUCAGCAAGCGGCUGGGGGCCGAGUGGAAGCUGCUGUCCGAGGCUGAGAAGAGACCCUUCAUCGACGAGGCCAAGAGGCUCCGAGCUCUGCACAUGAAGGAGCAUCCGGAUUAUAAAUACAGGCCGAGGAGGAAAACCAAAACUCUUAUGAAGAAGGAUAAGUACACUCUGCCAGGGGGCUUGCUGGCUCCUGGGGGCAACAGCAUGAGUUCUGGGGUAGGAGUCGGGGCGAGCCUGGGAGCUGGUGUCAACCAGAGGAUGGACAGUUAUGCCCACAUGAACGGCUGGACCAAUGGGGGGUAUGGCAUGAUGCAAGAACAGAUCGGUUACCCGCAACACCCGGGGCUGAACGCGCACAACGCGGCGCAAAUGCAGCCCAUGCACCGCUACGAUGUCAGCGCCCUCCAGUACAACUCCAUGACCAGCUCCCAGACGUACAUGAACGGCUCCCCCACCUACAGCAUGUCCUACUCCCAGCAAGGAGCCCCAGGCAUGACUCUAGGGUCCAUGGGCUCCGUGGUAAAGUCAGAGUCCAGCUCCAGCCCGCCUGUAGUCACCUCUUCUUCCCACUCUCGGGCUCCAUGUCAGGCUGGAGACCUUCGGGACAUGAUUAGCAUGUACCUACCUGGGGCAGAAGUACCAGAGCCAUCUGCCCAAAGCAGACUUCACAUGUCUCAGCAUUAUCAGAGCGCGUCGGUACCAGGCACAGCCAUCAAUGGCACCCUCCCUCUAUCACACAUGUGAAACAAAAUUACAAAAAAAGCAAACAAAAAAACUUUUAGAGUUUGGACUUCUUUUUUUGUUUUUAUUUUGGACUAUUUUUGUACAGAGAGAAAAAAAUGGGGAGGGAGGGGAAAAAUAAGAACUUGUAUAGAACCAGAAAAAAAGGAAAUUACACAAAAAAUUAAAGAGUUCUAGGUAGGAACUUUGAAGAAACCUUUACCAAUAAUAUUUAGAGCUAGCCUCAAAAGUGAAGAAAAUGUUUUAUUAUUAGCCAGCAACUUUUGUACAGUAUUUAUCACGUUAAACAUGGCGCUCUACAUGCCCAUUGUUUGCCAAUCUUUUUUAAAGUAUUUAGGUCAAGACAGCCUGGAAUUAGAAAAUGCUGCGAAAUUGGGGGACAUUUUUUGUUUCAAAUUUGGACAUUUUAGUUUAGUUUUUAAUUGUACAAAAAAAAAAGACAAAAAUACAGGACGAUUGCUUACAACAACAAAAAAAUAUUUUGUUUUUUUAAUUUUUAAAAAGGGUAAAAAAAAUUCUACUCAUUGUUAAAAGCUAAAAUGACUCCAAAAAUGUUAAUUUAUAAUUCGCUGUUUUAAAAUAUUCUCAUCCUGUUCAGAUAAAAAAAAAGAGCGAUAUGAAAACUACUGUGUUUGAAAUAUUUUCUUAUGGUUUGUAAAAAUUCUGUAAAUUUAUUGUGCUGAUAUUUUAAGUUUUUUCUUCUUUUUCUUUUCAGUAGAUGUAUUUUAAAAUUCUCGGCUCUGUAUUAUAACAAUCAGUUUGCCGAAAGUCCGUGUAUAUAUAUAUGAACUAAUACCACCAUAUAACAGAAACAAUUUCAAUUUUAAGUUUUUACACCAUUAUGCACAGUUUGAGAUAAAUAAAUUUUUGAAAUAUGGAAUCUGAAA